CCAUCGAUACCUUCUAUGGCUGCUAUCUCAUUCAACACGCCGAAUUUCCCAUCUGGGUUUGCUUUUCCAGAAACAGCGAAGCUCAUCCCUGAGCAUAUGCUGACGUUCAAGAUUGUUGGAGAGCCUGAGGGUCCUCAUUACGCUCACUAUGGUGUUGUGGGAAGUCAUUUGGAGUUUGACUUCAAAGAGAAGAAAACUUUGGAAGAAAGGAAAAUGGCGACCGUCGGUGGAAUCAAAGAAGUUGAUGGGAAUCAGAACAGUCUCGAGAUCGAAAGCCUUGCUCGUUUUGCUGUCGAUGAACACAACAAGAAACAGAAUUCGCUUCUGCAAUUUGAGAAGGUUGUAAACACGAAAGUGCAAGUGGUUUCUGGUACGAUGCAUCAUAUUACGUUGGAGGCUUUGGAUGGGGAUAAGAAGAAGGUUUAUGAAGCCAAGGUGUGGGAGAAGCCAUGGAUGCAUUUUAAGGAGCUCCAGGAAUUCAAAUAUAUUGGUGAUGCUCCUUCUGGAUCAUCCUCUUAAUUCUGAGCUAUAUGGUAAGCUGUAAACGUCUUUGAUUUUUUUUUUU